AUGUUGAAAAUUAUUUUUCCAGGAGUAAUAUGCGAGGAGAACAUCGGCAGACGCCGUGCCGUCCCUGUCCUCUAUCUCCAAGGGUCUCAUUAUGAAGUCGGCUUUGAUGUGGGUCGCAAUUUUGCUUCAAUAAUCAAGAGUUUCCUAUCUUCUUAUGAAAACUUACGAGACUUCGAAAAGGAAUACAAAACUAUACCAGGUCAAGAUGCUUACGAGAAAACGCUUGCUAACAUGAAAAAAAGAUACCCAUACUACGUUAAAGAAAUGCAAGGUGUUGCAGAUGGUGCUAAUGUACCAUUCCAUCAGCUUUUCCUGUUGCAAAUGGAUGACUUAAUUGGGACCAUUAACGAUAAUCAUAUCCCCCGUAACGACACAGGAGGCUGCAGUUCUCUGGCUGUUAAAACCCCUAAAAGUGCUGUACUGGCACAUACUGAAGACGCUUUCGGUGAAACACUGAACCAUUUCUACAUAAUGUCAGCACAUAUCAUACCAGACCCCGAAGACAAGGAACUUGGAGCUGUUGAAGAAAGAUUUGCUUCUCUCUGCUACGCCGGACAUAUGCCAGGUUAUACAAUGGGGUAUAAUGAGAACGGAUUGGUUUUCUCUAUAAACACACUUAGCCCUCUAGAAUUAAAACCCGGAAACACGCCAAGAACAUUUAUUACCCGAGCUUUAUUGGCGUCUAAGAACUUUAGUGACGCUGAAAGAAUUCUACGAGAUGAGGGUCUUGGCAUCGGGAACGGCUUUUCUAUUAACAUGAUAUGGUCUGAUAAAUGUGGCGACCAGAAGAUUUACAAUGUGGAAGUAGCCCCGGAUCUUAAAGCGGACAGAUCCGUCUUGAACAUCAACAAUUACGUAGAUGAACCUUUGAUUCAUACUAACAUCUACCAACGUUUAUCUGUGAAGGAAGUGAUUGGACCGAUCAUAGAUAGUAGCACGGCUAGGCUCAAAGCUAUUCAUGCGCAUCCACCUCCAGAAAACGGAAAGGAUUUAAAAAAUAUUUUGUCUGAUGUAUCUGGUCAAGAUUUCCAGGUGUUCCAGGAAAAAAAGGACUCCAUUAUAAAGACUAUUGCUGCCGGUCUUUUUGAACUAGAUAAGAUGACUUGGAGCAUUUAUAUCAAUAAGCCAAAUAUCUCAGAACCUGUGGCUGUUCUACCUAUACGAUUCUCCAGCCUGCCAAAAUGUGAACCCUAA